AUGACCGAAGUCCUCCCCCUGCCCCAAGCAGACAGAUAUGCCCCAGAGGCAGAGAUGACAACGGGGAGUGGUCCUGCCGUGCUCCUCCUGGUGACAGUGUUGGACUGCACCGGGAUCACCGGGGCCUGUGAGUGGGAUGUCCAGUGUGGGACGGGCACCUGCUGUGCCAUCAGCCCGUGGCUCCGAGGUGCGUGGACCUGCAACCCCUGGGGCAGGAAGAAGGAGUGCCACCCGGGCAGCCGCAAGGUCCCCUUCUUCAGGAAACGCCAGCACCACACCUGCCCCUGCCUGCCCAGCUUGCUGUGCUCCAGGUGCCUGGAUGGCAGGUACCACUGCUCCAUGGACUUGAAGACCUUUAGGAGCUUCUCUGGUCUCAGACACCCACCGGGCUUCUUGCUGACACAGUCUAGGAUUGUCUUAUGGAUUUUAUUGUAUUUCAGCCACCCCUAG